UUUUUCUAUUUUAAUUAACGGUCAUGAGGCACGAAUGUCUAGACGCGACGCGACCGAGACGAUGAGCAACCACUGAUCCCGGAAAUGACAAUCGUCCGACGGCGUGAGCGUGCGUGCAUUCGAAACCUACCGUUACCCGAUGCCGAACGUGACCGGUGUCAGCGCCACAUGUUAGCCGGUGUUGUCGCGCGAGCCAUUGUAUCGUUUCUCAUUCUUUUCGCAGGCAUCUCAGAGUAUCGAAGUCAAGGUGUCGUUCGGCGAAAUGGAUGACGAUACGAAGUAUCUGGCGGAAUACGCGAAGAGCGAUCGCUCCAAGUGCCAAUUAUGCAAGGGGCCAAUAAGCAAGUCAACCCUGAGGCUCGCUGCAGUCGUUCAGAGUCCUGUUCAUGAUGGAAAGAUACCCAGAUGGUAUCACUUCAAAUGCUUUUUCACAAAACAAAGACCAAGUUCCACCGAUGAAAUAGGUUGUUUUGAUCAAAUUCGCAAUGAGGAUCAAGAUGCGAUUCGAAAGAAACUUGAAGAAGCUCGUAAUGCACCUCCCGUAGGAAAAGGAAGGAAAAGAACGAAAGCUGGCAGUGGCGGGGGUGAUUUUAGAGUGGAAUAUGCUAAGUCCAGUAGGUCCACUUGCAUAGGAUGUCAAGAGAAAAUAAUAAAGGACGAGGUGAGAAUAUCAAAAAAAGAUUAUGAAAGCGAUGAAGCCAGGAGAUAUGGCGGUCUGGACAGAUGGCAUCACGUGGAAUGCUUCGCAAAAUUAAGAGCAGACAUGGGAUAUUACGAGAGUGGAGACAAACUUCCAGGUGCCAAGCAGCUUUCCAAAGAAGACCAGCAGAGUCUGAAGACUUCAUUGCCCAAAGUGACACAGGGCGAAGUGCCACCACCUCCUAAAAAAAUCAAGGAUGAACCCGAAGAUGCAGAAGAACAGAAAUUGAUGAAAAAACAAAAUGAUGAGUUGUAUGCUAUAAAGGAUAAGAUAUCAAUCCUUGAAAAGAAAGAAAUGAUUGCAUUGUUGGAAAAAAAUCGUCAGGAAGUUCCAUCUGGCACAUCAAAUAUCAUAAGUCUUUUAUCAGAUAUAUUGUACUUUGGAGCUCUAGAACCCUGUCCAAAAUGUAAAGGACAACUCGUAUACAAUUCUGGUUUGGGUUAUAAAUGUACUGGUAAUGCAACAGAAUGGACUAAAUGUGAAUAUGUUACACAGGAUCCAAAAAGGAAGAAGUGUGCAAUACCGAGUGACAUGAAGGAAGAUUUCCCAAUUGAGUCAUACAAGUCCAAAGUAAAGAAACGAAUCUUUAAGAUAAUAGCAUCGUCAUCAAGUUCUGUUAAAAAAGAAGAAGAUGAAACAGAUGGACCGAAAGUACAAGGAAAACCACGUCCUCUAAAGAACAUGCAAUUUGUUAUAUUAGGUCGUACACAGAGAGACAAAGAGGAUUUGAAAAAAGAAAUUUUGUUGUUAGGUGGUACUGUUACGACAAAAAUCCACCAAGAUCUAGCUGCUGUAAUUUCAAAUCAAAAUGAAGUGGACAAAAUGAAUAAAAGAAUGGAGGAAGUUAAGUCACACGACAUUCAAGUAAUAACGGAAGAUUUUAUAGAUGAAGCAAAAGAGUACACGGACGCUCCCAUCAUGCUCCUGAAAAAGAAAACUAUUUCUAGCUGGGGUGGCGAUAUUAAUGCUAGGCUUUCUAAUGUUAUCGCAAAAUCCAAUGCUUCUAAGAGCAAAAGCAAAUUUGAAAAGUCAAGUUCAGGAAAAAUGAAGGUAAAGGUAAAAGGUGGUGGAGCUGUUGAUCCUGACAGUGGUUUGGAACAUAUUGCGCAUAUUUAUCAAAGAGACAAAGAUAAAUACACCGCGACGCUAGGUCUAACAAACAUACAGGCAAAGAAAAACAGUUAUUACAAGAUACAAAUUUUAAAACACGAUCGUCAAGAAAGAUAUCAUUUAUUUAGAAGUUGGGGUCGGAUUGGCACCACAAUUGGUGGCAACAAAUUGGAAGAAAUGUCUUUGGAAGAAUGUAUAGAACAGUUCGAAUCAUUAUAUGAAGAAAAAACGGGUAACCAAUGGAAAAAUAGGGCGCAUUUUAUUAAGCAACCGAACUUAAUGUAUCCGAUUGAUCUAGACCAUGGAGAUGAGAAUAUUGAUGCUUCUUUAGAUUCAGACAUCAAAAGUAACUUACAGAAACCGAUCCAGGACUUGAUGCGCCUCAUUUUCGACGUAGCGGAGAUGAAAAAAGUUAUGCUAGAGUUCGAGAUAGACAUGGACAAGAUGCCACUCGGAAAAUUGUCUAAGAAACAAAUCGAGAAAGCAUACGCCGUUCUAACGGAAUUGCAAGAGUUAUUGAAGAAGAGUAACUUGGAUCGCACCAUAUUGAUUGACGCUUCCAACAGAUUCUACACACUGAUACCGCACAAUUUCGGAGUGUCCGGACCGAAAAUUCUCGAAACAAUGGAAGAGAUUAAGACCAAGUGCGAUAUGUUGGAUGCCUUACUCGAGAUGGAGAUCGCAUACAAUCUUUUGUGUGACAAGACUGACGCAAAGGAGAAUCCACUUGACGGUCAUUACAAGCAAUUGAAGACUGACAUCGAUGUAUUGGACAAGACGAGCGAAGAAUUCAAGAUGAUCGAGAAGUACGUAAAGAAUACUCACGCAGCUACUCAUACGCAGUACGACCUUGAGAUCGAGGAAGUGUUUGUCGUCAAGAGACAGGGCGAGGAACAGAGGUUCAAGCCCUUCAAGAAAUUGCCCAACCGAAAGUUGCUCUGGCACGGAUCGAGAACGACGAAUUUCGCGGGAAUACUGUCCCAAGGUUUGCGUAUCGCGCCGCCAGAAGCGCCCGUUACCGGCUACAUGUUCGGCAAGGGUAUAUAUUUCGCCGAUAUGGUGUCGAAGUCUGCGAAUUAUUGCUGCACGCAUAGCCAGAGUCCAACUGGUUUAUUGAUGCUCUGCGAGGUUGCCCUGGGUAAUAUAUACGAGAGAUACCAAUCGGAUUACAUUGAGAAGUUACCGAAAGGGAAACAUUCGACAAUGGGUUGUGGUCAGACGCAACCCGAUCCAAAAGAUAUCUACAAGAUGGAAGACGGCGUUGAAGUGCCCUAUGGAAAGGGAGUAUCUGCUAAGCUCAACAAAAAUUCGGCAUUAUUAUACAAUGAAUAUAUUGUUUACGAUGUGGCUCAGGUAAAAGUACGAUAUUUAUUAAGAAUGAAUUUCAAAUACAAAUAUUAAAUUACUUAACACAAAAGUAUGAUGUGUUUAAAUUCAUACAGUUAAGUUUUUUUUUUAAUUAUACGAAGUUACAUUACAUUCACUAUCGCUAUUAUUAAUUAAAAACAAUUACGUAAGUUUCAAGUAAAGCAUUUAAAACUGUUUUAUCCUUUAUGAUAAUCUUUUUGAAUUUUGUGCUUUGUUUCAAUUGUAUGUAAUCUGUUUACGUGCGCCAAAUAAGUGUUUGCUACCUCGAAUAUUAAUUCUAGGAUUAUAAUAAAUAAAUUAUAAUUUUUUCAUAAAAUCAAUCUUUUGUUUUUUUUUUUAAUACAUGUACAUCUUCUUGUCAUCCAUUGCAUAAACAUUUAUUAAAUCAAGUAAAUUAUAUACUUUAAAAAUUCAAUAAGAGAAAAAUAAAAUAUGUAAGAUAAGUUAGAUUAUUUUUACAUGUAACAAAUUAUACAACUUGUGAAAUAUUAACUGAUAUUACCGAUAUUUUCUUAUAAAUAAAAUUAUAAUUUUA